AUGCAUUUUACGACGGCUGCAUCUACCUCCAGCAGAAUUCGCCCUAUCCGGGUUGUUUGUUUUGUGGCGGCAAAUUUGGGACAGUUGCGGGUAUUAGUCAAGCGAGGUCUCAGGUAUAUUCGAAAUGUCGCGAUACGAGUGUGGGUGGAAAAGAAUAUCAAGUUUGUCGUGGCCAAGUGGGACAAAUGGCGGGACUACAUCAAUGCAGAAUCAUGGCUCAAGAAGUUUGAUCUACAGGAAUACCAGAAGUUAUCGGAAGGUGAGCUGGGGCAGCGCAUGCAGAUGAUAUCAUUGCGGGCUUUCCGAGCCCCGUGGCGUCUUCCUCAGUGGCCUACUCGGGACAAGCUUCUGCAGACUUUCACCAGCGAGUGGGAAAAGUGGGCGUGCUUCCAUAUGGUGCCGGUGCGCGUGUCCAGGAUGAUCUCCAAGCGGAUCCCUGAUUUCGUGCACAAGUUGCGUCUACGUGAGCGGCCGGAGCUUUGGGCAACGAUGGGAACUUACAUGGGCAGUGUUGUCAAAGAGCAUGUGUGCAUUGUCCAAGACGAUCGAGACACGUCCAAAGUAUGGGGCAGCCUCGCCGGUGGGGGUGGGAUGGCCGUCGCCAAGAUCAUCGCCAAGGCCGGCGCAGUGGUCACCCGCAAGGCGGCGAGAGCUGCCACGGCGCAGAAGGUGUUGAAGAAUGCCGACCCGCAGCACGCAGCGUUCUUGAAGGCGGAGGCUGAACGGGAGCACGAGGCCAUCUACCAGCGCCAGGGGCGGCUCCUGGCAGACGUCUUGGAGAGCCAGGGCGCGUGCUCGGGGUCAUCUUCGGCGGCCGGCAGCGGGCAGGCGCAGCUGCAGCGCCCGCCGGGCGCCCCGCCGGCCCAGUUUCCGCCGGCCCCGCCCGACGGCGGUUUCAACGAGAGGCAGUUGGAACAUAUCCAGAGCAUGAUCAAAGCAGCUCUUCCGGCAUCGCCUCCAUCUCCAGAGGCGCCAGUUGUGGACCGCGAGAAGUUGACGUCGGGGGACAAGGCCGUCAUCCGCAAGGUGUUCAAGGGCAAGAUCACGCGCUCCGCAGGGGCCCUCGACGAAUUCAAAGCCGAGUUCGACCAGGCCUGGAAGCAUGCCCCGGUCCGCGAGGCAUUCAAGAAGUACGCGAAGGAGAAAGGGAAGAAAGAGGAGGACAUUCCACAUUUCAAAUCCGCGAAGGCAGCCGACGCGACCGACUUCAAGAGGGAGCACACCAUGCUCAGGAGCUCCAGCAUCGCCGGAGGCCUGGCGGCUCAGAUCAAGAGCGCCGUUGCUGGAGCAGACCCCCUCGCGCAGGCCCCCGGCGUCCGCCGGCCGCUCAGCCGCACGACCAUCAGCCGCCGCAGGCCCGCGCCCAAGGUGAUCACAGACGGCGCGGUGCAGCUGCGAUCUGGCAGCCUGGCGAACUUGUGCGCCGAAGGCGGCUUGGACGACUCGCUGCGGUCGCUGCCCACGCCGUCGACCUGCUGCUCUACCAGCCCAGGAGGAGGCAGCCCCCCCGGCUCCACGAAGACAGCGGGGUAUCCAGCGGGACCCUGCCCGCGGCUCCUGCAGCAGAGCGACCUGGCCCAGAAGCCCGAGACGGCACUGGCGGCGGACGUCAAGGGCGCAUUGUGCUCCGUGCAGAUGGCCCCCGACGCUGGCCCGGGCGGCAACUCCGACAUCCGCACCAAGGUCUUCCGCGUGGGGGCCCCGCUCCUGCGCAGCACCAUCCCGCUCAGCAUCAGCAUGGGUCGCAGCGGCGGCACCUCGGCGGCCACGAGGGCCGCCACGGCCUCCGAGCCGGCGGCGCCGAGCGGCCAGGGCGCGCCGGGCCACCGCGACGAGGACGAGGACAUGAGCGACGUGGAGUCGGUGCGGUCCUCGUCCGAGAUCGGCGUGGACGACCUGGGCACGCUGAAGGUGACGCUGGACUUCCCCUGCUGA